AAAAAUGAGUAAAAAAAAAUUACAAUAAGCCUGAACAUUGAUCUGAUAGAGUUGUUUUGAUUCUGAAACCUAAAUGGGUUACGUUCAAGAGGCACGCGAGAAUCACGUCAAGAAGAAAGUCGAAGAAGCUUUACGAAGCAAAAUGAAGCAAAAAGCACUUAAAGAGUGUGAUGAUUAUACAAAGAAAUAUGCUGAAUGUGCUUUGGGGAGAACACUUUCAGUUGUUUGGCAAUGUCGUAAACAAGCUAAAGAGUUGAAUAAUUGUCUUCAUCAAUUCUGUGAGGUUCUGCUACAUUGUAGAUCCUGAGAAGGAGAAACUUCUAGUUAUGGGCACACACACAUGCAUGGUAGUUGUUUCUACUGUGAAGAUUUGGUUCUUUUGAUGAUUUAGGAAAAUAUUCAGUUCUGGCCAAUUGGAAGGUGGUAACAAUAAAGCGUAUUAUUCACUUUAAUUUUGCUAAACAGUAUUUACACUUAUGCCGGUUUCAUUCAGAUAUGCCAGAUUGGUCUAGUCGUUACAGCUCUUUCACAGCUUAAGAAGAUACUUGUGUUGUCAAAUUUCAUUGAAAUGUGAAAUAGCAAAAGCAUAACUGACUGAUUUGGUUGACAUUAUAAACUGACUCUCUUUUUUCUUUUUCUUUGUUUCAUCUUUAGUAAUUUUGAAAUCAUGGAAACAAAAAAGUUGACAUAUAACAAGCUUGUUGGCCAGAUGGUAAAAUUGAUUGCAAUGUAGGCCUUCUUAUUGUUUACUGUCGAAGAAUCAAGGAAAAUCAUAUUUGAUUCUCUUUUAUUUUAUAUUAUUUUGUUUAUUUUUAUUUUAUGAUUCUAUCAUUAUUACUCAGUAUUACUAUUAUAAUUUUUUCCCUAUAUAAACAGCUUGGGACUGUAGUAAUAAAAUAUGAAAGUAUUUUGCCUUUUACUUUCUUCAUGGUAUCAAGAGCUAUUUGUUAGGAUUCCACAACCCAGUGGUUUUGGGGAUCCAAAACUAAAAGGGUGGAACCUCCCUUUUGGUUAACCGCCAUACGCUAUAACCAACUGAGCUAAAGGGUCGACCCGACCCGUUUUUAUACACAAUAUUCUAUGGAAGACAACCCUUAUGGGUAGCGGCGGCGGCAACAACGAUGGUUUGGGUGAAAAAUUAGAAGUAGUCAGCAGUGCCGACAUUAUUGGUUAAGGCAGUGGCAGCGGCCCAGGCGGCGGCUGAAAUGAUUUAUCUAACAAUGGUUUUUCCAAAUUUUUUGGCCAUGAAGGAACUUCUAAUGCCCUCAAGGUUGAAAUCCAGAAAACUCAAUGAAAAAAAUUAUGUUGAGGUUGAAAGCGCUGCCCUAGUCACUAAAAAUGAAGAUGGGAAGAGAGAUGGCAAGAAACCAUGGUGCGAACAUUGCGAACGUCCAUGGCACACAUGUGAUACAUGUUGGAAGCUCCAUGGAAAACCUCUAAAUUGGAA